AAGCCAACAGCGACACGAGCACCAGCAGCCCACCAUGUCCUCGCUAUUAGAUGCUGUCCUGCACUCAGAUCUUGCCGCGACCCCAGCAAGCACCGCCGGCGGUCCAACACCACGGUCGUCAGGCAUACGGUCUUCCUCUGCAAGGCCCCGCGGACCGCCUUCAGAGAGCAACGGCGCGAACAGCGACAUUGAAGCAUUUCCAGAUGACGAGGUCGUAGGCGCAAGAGGAGGCACUCGACGACCCAAUGGACCCAGAACAGACAUCCCCAAGGUGGUGGACGUUACCGGAGAAACUUUGGCACUCCGUUUCCAAGAGUUCUUGGAGAACUACACAGAAGAACCGUCGUCCUCAGUGUUACCCGUAUCGAGCGUCGCCACAACAGACAAAUAUUACAUCGCGCAAAUUCGAGGCAUGAAGCUCUACCAGCUGUCGACCCUCUACGUCGAUUACACACACCUUAUGAGGCAUGAAGAUGGCAUCCUCGCGCAGGCCAUUGCUAGCGAAUACUAUCGCUUCUUGCCAUACAUGAUUCGCGCCCUCCACAGCUUGCUCGCCAAGUACGAGCCACAAUACUUCCGCCAGCACAGGCAGCCAGAGUCGACAUCUUCGGUCACCGCUGCCUCGCUUGCAGAAAACGCCACAAGUCAGAACGACAGUUUGAAGGAGAAGACGGCCAACCAGCAGACGGACAAGCUGUUUACUCUAGCAUUCUACAACUUGCCCCUGGUUUCGCGCAUUCGCCAGCUGCGCACCACUUCCAUCGGCAGCCUCCUUUCCAUCUCAGGUACAGCUACACGCACAUCUGAAGUACGGCCGGAGUUGUCUAUGGCGACCUUCGUUUGCGAGAUCUGCAACACUGUCGUGCCAAACAUAGAGCAGACUUUCAAGUACACAGAACCGACACAAUGUCCCAAUGUCACAUGUAUGAACCGCGAGGGGUGGCGCUUAGACAUCAGACAAUCCACUUUCGUGGAUUGGCAGAAGGUACGCAUCCAGGAAAACAGUUCAGAGAUCCCCACGGGCAGCAUGCCUCGAACGAUGGAUGUCAUUCUGCGAGGAGAGAUGGUCGAUCGUGCAAAGGCUGGAGAGAAGUGCAUAUUCACCGGCACGGCUAUUGUCAUUCCAGAUGUUAGUCAAUUCCGCGUACCAGGUGUGCGGCCCCAAGCUAUGAGGGACACAUCGAAUGCAUCGCGAGGCAACGACGCUGGCGGAUCUGGUGUCAGUGGUCUUAAGGCGCUUGGUGUCCGUGACUUAACCUACCGCAUGUCUUUCCUGGCCUGUAUGAUCUCACCCGACCACACAACACCUGGAGCACCGUCGAACCACCAUCUCAAUGGCCAGGCUAGUAAUAUUCUAGCAUCUUUACAUCAAGGUCAAAUUGAGUCUAAUGCGACAUCCGGGGAAGAGGCUCAGGAAGAGUACCUUGCAACUCUUACCGCGGCGGAAAUCCAGGACUUGAAGGAUAUGGUGCACAAGCCCAACAUCUUCAUGCGACUUGUCGACUCAAUCGCUCCUAUGGUCUACGGCCACCAGGUCAUUAAGAAGGGUAUUCUUCUUCAGCUGAUGAGUGGUGUGUCGAAAGAGACGCCUGAAGGCAUGGCCUUGCGUGGAGACAUCAAUAUUUGCAUCGUUGGUGAUCCUUCCACAUCGAAGUCGCAAUUCUUGAAGUACGUUUGCAGCUUUUUGCCUCGCGCUGUCUACACAUCUGGCAAAGCUUCGUCGGCAGCUGGUCUGACAGCCGCGGUCGUCAAGGACGAGGAGACUGGCGAAUUCACCAUCGAAGCUGGAGCUCUCAUGCUUGCGGACAAUGGCAUCUGUGCCAUUGACGAAUUCGACAAGAUGGACAUUAGCGACCAAGUCGCCAUCCACGAAGCUAUGGAACAGCAGACUAUCUCUAUUGCCAAAGCUGGUAUCCAAGCUACGCUGAAUGCUCGCACAUCCAUUCUUGCCGCUGCCAAUCCCGUUGGCGGACGCUACAACCGCAAGACAACGCUUCGCGCCAAUGUGAACAUGUCAGCACCCAUUAUGUCCCGUUUCGAUCUCUUCUUUGUCGUACUCGAUGAGUGCGAUGAAGCCGUCGACCGUCAUCUCGCCGAACACAUCGUGGGCAUACACAAAGACCGGGAUGAGUUCGUCCAGCCCGAGUUCUCCACCGAGCAACUGCAGCGCUACAUUCGAUUUGCAAAGACGUUCCGUCCCGAGUUCACGGAAGAAGCGCGCGAGUCGCUGGUUGAGAGGUACAAGGAGCUGCGCGCUGAUGAUGCGCAGGGUGGCAUUGGACGCAACAGUUACCGCAUCACAGUCCGUCAACUUGAGUCGAUGAUUCGAUUGUCUGAAGCUAUUGCAAAGGCGAACUGUGUACAGGAUGUCACACCAGAGUUCGUGAAAGAGGCGUACAAUCUACUUCGUCAGUCAAUUAUCUCAGUCGAGAAAGACGAUGUCGAAAUGGAAGACGAUGAUGACGAGGCUGUUCUUGCAGCAGCUGCUGCGGCUGAAGCUGAAGACGAUACUCUGAUGGCCGAGCGCGCCCGCACAGAAACACCUGCGCCGGCACCGCGAGAGAAGACAAAGAUCACACACGACAAGUAUAUUGCGAUGCGGAACAUGUUCGUGCGCAGGGUCAACGACGACCAAGAGGAGACGCAGGAUGGUGUUGAGGAAGAAGAGCUGCUGGUGUGGUAUCUGGAGCAGAAGGAGAGUGAGAUGGAGACCCAGGAAGACCUUGAGGCAGAGAGGGCGCUUGCCAAGAAGGUAUUGAAGAAGGUAGUCAAGGAACAAUACCUCAUGCUGAUUCGGGGCGAGGGUCUUGCGGAUGAGCAAGGCCAGUCUGAAGCCGGCGGCAAGGCCGUGUAUGUUCUGCACCCCAACUGCCCAGUUGAAGACAUUGUUUGAACGAAAGCAACCGAGACCAUACAUGAGUCGAUGAUACAGAUGACGAGCACGAAGAAUGUGGGCGUUCCAAACGGUCCGGAGCUGGCGUUUAGAUCUGUAAAGAUAGGAUUUGGUAGUGUUAUACCCAACGUACUUGAUGACAAGCAGAUGCUUGGUCCCCCAUAACAAUGCAUCAGUCGAGCAACAAACGUUUAGACUUAAGCCAGCCAGAUAGGCUCAAGAGCGCAUAAGUAGCUCCUACUUACUGGCCACUGGAUUGGGUGGUUGCUAUUCCCAUG